AUGGUGAACGUCCAUGUGUCUGAAGAGCUGGUAACCGAAUACAGUAACCCCUCUUUCCCUGAACGGGACACCCGUCCCGAUACAUAUACACUGCGCAUUGUUGUGACCGAUCUGGAAGUGUCUCAAUUGAGGCUAGAUUUCACCCAUAUGGAACUUGGUCAACCAAAUGUCGAUGGUCAUUGUCUGGGCGAUACAUUGAGCGUGGCUAUAGUGGAGGACAACGGGUCAACCUUGUCGGCUGUGCCCACACUCUGCGGUCACAAUGAUCGACAACACAUAUACGUGGAAAUUGCACCUGGUCAAAGUAGUAAUACUAAACGCUUCGUAGAUGUAGUGAUUGACACGACACCUGAGAGUGAAUACCGAUGGCAUAUAAUAGUCACACAGAUUACCCGUGUGUCAAGUCAUUUAGCGGCUCCAACCGGUUGCUUACAGUAUUUCACCUUGCCCAGCGGACAACUUCAAAGUUUCAACUACGGCCACCAAUACAUAAGUAACAUGGAUUACGCAAUAUGCAUACAAAGGAAACAAAAAACGUGCCGGGUCAUCUACAGCGCCGACCAGGAUGAAUUUUCACUAGACAGUACCCAAGUAGACCGAUCGAGGUCGGGUGUGGGCGACAACAAUUGCGACAACGACUACCUGGCUAUAGAGGGUGGUUCGCAAUAUGGCAACAUUCCCACUCAUGAUCGUUAUUGCGGGGGUAGUCUAAAUAGUGAGCCUGAUCUAAUUAUGGGGGCGCCAGCGGAUCGUAAACUUCGAAACCUACAACGGGGUGUUUAUGUCUGCUGUGCGCUAUCACUGAUCGCUACUGUUGUAUUGCUGGUCAUCAUAUUGAUCAUAAACAUGGCAGCAGGUAAUAAUUCGUACUAUGAUAAGUGGUUUGUCACGAGCAGGGAGUUUAUCAUAUCAAUCGCUGUCAUAUCAAUAGUCACACAAUUUCUGGGCAUUUAUUCGGCCGCUAAACAAAGCUACAUAACAGCCCUGGCCUACAGUAUAAUCUGCUCGUUAUUGGCCGGAGUGACACUCGCUUACGCUAUACUAUACAAUGUUUUAGCCUGGAUUUUAGUGGUCAUACUGUUUGCAUGCGUUCCCAUCGCUUCCCUAUACACUAAACACAUAAGGGUGUUAAAGAAACGGGCACUCAAUGCCACAAAUGUGGCCAUAUAUGGUGAUCACCAAAAUAUCAUGUUGGAAAUGCCAUUAACUGAUCAACAAAUCAACUAUCCUAUACAUAAUGGUGGACAACCUAGCUAUAUAGUAUCUGGCCAACCAGGUCAAAUGCAUAUUACCGGUGCCCUUCCCAAUUCUGUCGGUCCCUAUCAAUCCCAGCCCUAUGGUUACCCACAAACGCCGACAAACCCCUCGUACACUGAGCCGAUGGCCCAACCGCCCGGUUAUAGUCAAUCACAGGUGACUCCCGACGCCUCCGUGGCUUACAGUAUUAUCAGCUCGUUAUUGACUAUAGUGACCAUCGCUUUCGCUAUACUAUACCAUGUUGUGGGUAUUUUAGUGGUCGCACUGUUUGUCAGCGUUUGCGUCGCUUCCGUAUACGCCAAACACAUCCGGGCGACGAGCAAACGGGCACUAACUAGUAAUGUGGCCAUAUAUGGUGGUCAGCAAAAUAUCAUGUUUCAAAUGCCUAUUAAUGGCCAACAAACCAACUAUCCUGCGCAUAAUGGAGGACAACCUAAUUAUAUAGUAUCUGGUCAACCAGGUCAAAUGAAUAUUACCAGCGCACUUCCCAAUUCUGUCGCUCCCUAUCAAUCCCAGUCCUAUGUUUGUCCACAAACACCGACAAACCCCUCGUACACUGAGCCGACGCUACAACCGCCCGGUUAUAGUCAAUCACAUGUGACUCCCGACGCCAGUGGGUCGGCCUAUAGCGCACCCGACGCUCAAAACAUUGCCGCAACUGUAGAACAGCAUAAAACAGUUCAAGUGGCCCCGGUAUGGCACACAUAA